CACAACUUGAGCCGGCUGCAAGCAUUCAGGAGUAGCAAGAGAGAAUGCAUAUCCAGAGUAACAACCCAACAAUGGACCUUCAAAAAGUAGGGGAUCCUCGAGCGACACAGCAGGACAACGACCUAGCAAUGGGCUUUCAAAAGUGAAUGCAGCCUGCCUUAGUAUCUGCACUUCCGAAGAAGGACGUGCGAUGACAAAAUUCAGUACAACUGAACACCGUCGACGAGGACGCUGAUCGUUAAACUUGGCCAUGAACCGUCGAACAUCCCAAUGGCUGGAUACUUACGCGCCUGGCAAAUAUACCUUCUUGAUCUGGUACACUGGACUGGGGUGUACAUUGUACAGCGCGUCGCCAAAAGGGCUGCUACCGAUGGGAAGGAUUCUUAUUCUCGACAAGUCUGAGCGCAAACCUGAAGAUACCUCGUACGUUACCUUGCUGCCAUCAUACGAGCAGAAUAUGUCGCAAACGUUGUGGCGGCCGUUCCAUUCCGGAGGGGAAGCAAGCCCCGAGCUCAAGACGAAUCACAGCAUUAGCACAGAUAAUAUUACUAGCUCAAAAUUCGUCGACAAGCGUUAAAACUAUACAGAAUAGCGCAAAAAGGCAGCAUAUAGACAUUCCAGUAUUGAAUCGACCGCGCAUCAAUGUGCGGUGUAUGACACCUACUUCAACGACACAACAGGCGGGAGUUUGACCUGCAAGCUCUUCCUGACCCGAGAAGCGUUCUUUCCGAAAUAUCUCUCGGUCAUAAAACUCCACUCUGCAUUGGCUAUAAUCCAGUCUCCCA